GAAAGCGAGUUCGGGGAGCCUUUCAGAGUGGCGGAUAUAAAACAAGUGAAAGAGGAGGAGCUGACUCUCAUCUGUGUUUACAGUUCAGAAAAUACAGCUUGCAUUUCACGAGUGAGCUGCGAGCGAAAGAGAAUCUGGACCAAGAACGGUCGUAUAUUUUUGUUCGGUUUAUGCCAGCAGUUAGUUGGGGCUCGAUAAAUUAAACGAGGACGUUUUCAGGCUAAGAUAUUUCCCCGGAAGGGCAAGAGAAUCUUCGACUAAGUAGGCUACAAGAUUCUUGACAGUAUGCAAACAUUCUCGUUACUGUCUUCAUUGCGCUUCAGUUUUCCAUCGAUGAACAUCUAAGAAUUUUGAAUAGACUGGUCUAUGGUAGCCUAUUUUGGUACUUUUAAUCUCAGGUAACUCGGCAGUGUUAAAAGAAUCUUCAAUCGGUGUAGGCUAUAUUAAUUGGAUCUAUUAUCGUCUCGCCGGACCACGUUAGCUAGCUUGGACAUUCAACAUAGGCGGUUGUGUUUUAUGAAUGAUGCGCACUGAGAACAACAAUAAUGCGCCUGAGACCUUAGUUGAGCAUAAACAAGACGAACGAGAACAAGAAAAAAUGGGUGUAAAUGGAAUUGACAAUCAGCCGGAGGCACCGGGCUGCGAAACACCUAUUGGCGACCACGAUCCGUCUGAAAUGGAGCAAAAACUAACCACUCGGGAGGAGGCAACCCGCUCAGAGAAACAAGAUGAGGUGGAUGGAAAUGGGGAAAAAUCACAAUACGACAACACUGUACACCUUAUUGAGACGGGGUGCUUUGAUAAGACGCCAGAUUCUCCAAGCUCCAAGUCCAAGGGUCCCCCGCCAGGACACGAUGCUGGGUUUGUGGCACCCGAGGGUGGGUUCGGCUGGCUCGUGGUCUUCGCCGCAACAUGGUGCAAUGGGUCCAUUUUUGGGAUUCAAAAUUCUUUCGGCAUUCUACAUAUGAUGCUUGUAAAAGACCACGCAGAUGCCAAUGCUUCCCAGUUUAAAGUAGCCUGGGUUGGUGCGCUGGCCAUAGGCAUGAUAUUCUUCUGUUCUCCUGUGGUCAGCAUGUUCACCGACCACUUCGGCUGCCGGAAGACAGCAGUGAGCGGGGCGCUGAUAGCCUUCAUCGGACUCCUCACCACCUCCUUCGCCACGUCCCUGGGCGUGCGCUACUUCACGUACGGGAUUCUGUUCGGCUGCGGUUCGUCCUUCGCCUUCCAGCCCUCGCUGGUGAUCCUGGGGCACUACUUCCGCCGCCGGCUGGGCCUGGCCAACGGGGUGGUGACGGCGGGCAGCAGCCUGUUCUCCAUGGGCCUCCCGGUGCUGCUGAAGAAGGUGGUGGGGCCCCUAGGCCUGAGCCGCACCUUCCAGAUCCUCAGCAUCUUCAUGUUCGUCCAGGCCCUGCUCGCCCUCACCUUCCGCCCCCUGCUGCCCCGCCCGGCCGCCGGACACCCCUCUGUCCGGAAGUACUUCAACCUGAAGGUGUUCUACGUCACCACCUACCGGGUGUGGGCCUUCGGUGUGGCCACCGCCGUGCUGGGAUACUUCGUGCCCUACAUCCACCUGAUAAACUUUGUGAAGGAGGAGUUUGGGGAGAUCAAGAAGGAGUGGGUGCUCCUGGUCUGCAUCGGGGCCUCCUCUGGAGUGGGCCGGCUGCUCUUCGGCAAAGUGGGGGACCUGAUCCCAGGAGUCAAUAAAAUCUAUAUGCAGGUGGCCUCCUUCUCCGUGCUGGGCCUGGUGUCCAUGAUGAUCCCACAGUGCCGUGUGUUCGAGAGUCUGGUGGUGGUGUGUCUGUUCCUGGGCCUGUGCGACGGCUGCUUCAUCACCAUCAUGGCGCCCAUCGCCUUCGAGCUGGUGGGGCCCAUGCGGGCCUCCCAGGCCAUCGGAUACCUGCUGGGCCUCAUGUCCCUGCCCAUGACGGCCGGGCCCCCCAUCGCAGGGCUCCUGCGGGACUGCUUUGGGAACUACCACAUGGCGUUCUACCUGGCGGGGGUCCCGCCCAUCGUGGGGGCCCUGGUGCUCUUCUUCGUGCCUGUGUACUACGCGCGGAUGCAGAAGAACCGGCAGAGCACCCCGCUGGACCCCAGUGCCGAUCACAUGCUGCCCCCCGCCAAGAGCACUGCCAACGGGGACAUGCUGCCAGGCUUCACCCACGCGGAGACACACAUCUGAGUCACCCCCCGCCAUGCAAGGGAUUCUGUUCACCAGCAAUACUGUGAUAAUCUGUCAGACCCUUCAUCUUUAAUUCAGGUGCUCCCCACUUCCUCUGUACUGUCCACCCGCCUUGAGUUCGACAGCGAAGGCCCGAUAUGAAAACUUCAACUUCAACUCAGAAAACAAACACCUCUUCUGACUGGUGUUCCUCACUAGACUUUGUGUGAAUGAAAAGAGUUAGGAUGGUGUUCGGACAGUGACCUCGGACAGAGGAUACUGCGGUGGGAAUGAUGUGUUUUUAGAAAAGGGGUAGGGUGGGGUAAUGAUGGAGGACAGGGUGUCGUUCCAUCUAAAAUGGCAUUACUUUGUGGUGUGGAGCAAAUUUUAUCCAAACAAAGGAUUUAGUGUGGUGUAUGGGUGAGGUUUUUUUUUUUUUUUUGGUUUUUUUUUUGUGAAGGAAUCAAGUGGGUUCUUCAUAGCAAUCUUGUCUGCAGGCACUGAAUAUACAGAUUUUCUAAUGUGUGUUGGUGGGUGGGUGUGUGACGAUUGAAAUAGUAUGCUAAAUCAAAAGGCUGAUCAGUGAUAUGAAUGUACCCAAACUUGCAAUCCCCCACAAUUUCUUUAUCCAAAGGGGGAGAUUCGAAGGAGGAAAUAAAUUUCACUUAAGUCACGUUCCCAAUGCUGGCAUUGCGCUCCGAUCUCCACGGUGAGAAAUGCUACAAAAUGGUGUCCUUUUCUAUGCCACCAUUUUAAAGAAUCCAGCCAGAGUUUCAGAAGGGGCAGUUCACAAACAAAAUAGUUUUUUUUUUUAUCCCAAAAUGAUCUGUCUCAAUUUCCAAAAAAUAGAUUUCUGGUUCUUGCUAUAAAAUCUUGGUUGACAGUGUGCUAGAACACCAAAAUAUGAUCUGCAUUCAUCUUCACGCAAUUGAAUUAUUAAACCGAAUAAAUAUUAAAUUAAUGUAGAAAAUGGGGGGGGGGAAAGCAACUGAUGAAAUUGAAUGUAAUUUGAGAAACAAUCAGUAGAUGAAGAAAAUUGAAAAUCUGAAGUUGAACAACAAAAAAGAAAACAAAUGAACAUUUGUCAAAUAGCUGUAGAUCCCUCAGACCCUCACUGCGGUCUCAGACGUCAAGGGCUACCCUUGGUCCUCAUUGCUGUCCAUUGUAAAGCAAUCACUGGUCACGGUUAAAGACAAGCGAGGCUUUGUGAUUUAAUUUGUGACUGCAUUACAGUCACCUAGCAGACGCUCUUCUUCACAGUGAAUUAGAAGCAGAGAACAUCGGCGUUAGGUUCAGACAGACAAGAAUGUGAUACUGUAUCACCAAGAAGGCACGGAAGGCCAAGUUAUAUAAUCAGUGAGCGUAGUCUUAACCCAGCAGACAACAGUUUGUAUUGUAACAAAAGAAAAAUACCACUAGGCAGAUAACCUUUGCACGUGAAUCUGUACACAUUAUCCCAGAAUGAAAUCUUCCGUCUGAGUCAGAAGAUGGGCAGGGUUUGUGCUGGCCUACUGUAGCGGGGGGAGGCACCCAGGGGUAGCAGAACAGAGAGGACGGAUUGGUCUGUCGGGUCUGAUGAUCUUUUGAAUAUGACAGUAGUCCCUUCAGCACGCCGAAAGGCUCGGACCCGACUAGCGAAUUGGGUGUGAGCUGACCUGGGCGCCCAGCCGGGGGAAUGACACCUGAGCCUGGGAACUUUGACUAAUUCGUUGACCCAAUGAGAGGGCAAAUAUUUACCACAUUUUCAAAUACGGUCAUGAGCCUGGUAAUAAGUAAUUUAAUUACAGAACAAACCACCUGAGUGCACUUUCUGACUGGAUUUUGGAAAAUACAUAUUGACACUUAUCUUGUGUCUGUCUGCAACUUCAUGAACUUUUGCCCCUUCUGAAAGGCUGACAAGCUGUUUUUGCACAAUAUAUUUUAGCACAUUGAAUUGACAAUGGGGAAAGAAAAUAUGAGAAGGAGCAAGUUAAAUAUAGGCUUAACAGUGUAACAAAGUCAAGGGGUUUCACGUAACAUGCUGUAAGCAGAUGCAAUGAAAAGCCCUCCUUGACAAUAAGAUCUUAUGUGGACCUCCAUGAUCAGCCUUUGUCAUUUGUAGUUAUUAUGCUUCUAUGCACAGGGCUAUCUUACUGUAUUUAACGGCUCUGUGUAUAUAAUGACUUCUCUCCACCUCUAUUUUGGGUAUAA